CAAACCCAGUUUAGUCUUGUCCUGUAUUCGCCACUAACCGUUGGGUUUGUUUGCAGAGCUGGAGGUGGCCAGGAUGAGCACGGACGGAAACCUGCCCGACCUGAAGUUCCCUCAAACCGGAGGCCAAGGCAACUCCAUCCACCUGUCGGCCAACACGCUCAAGCAGCACGGACGGAACGGCGAAAUCCGAAUAGCGUUCGUCCUGUACAAACACAUCGGGGUGUACCUGUCGACGGAGAACGCCAGCAUGAAGCUGGGCAGCGAAGCCAUGGCUACCAAUUACUCCGUCAUUGUCAACUCUCCGGUUAUCACAGCCGCCAUCAACAAGGACUCGAACAAAGUCUACCUCUCUGACCCGGUCAUUUUCACCAUCAGACAUCUGCAGCAAUCUGAGGAGAACUUCAACCCCAACUGUUCGUUCUGGAGCUACUCCAAGCGAACCAUGACGGGCUUCUGGUCGACGCAGGACUGCCGCUUGCUGGGAACCAACCGGACCCACACCACGUGCUCCUGCACACACCUCACCAAUUUCGCCGUCCUCAUGGCCCACGUGGACGUCAAGAACACGGACCCGGUGCACGACAUGCUGCUGGACGUCAUCACCUGGGUGGGCAUCCUGCUGUCGCUGGUCUGCCUCCUCAUCAGCCUCUUCACCUUCUGCUUCUUCCGCGGCCUCCAGAGCGACCGGAACACCAUCCACAAGAACCUGUGCAUCAGCCUGUUCAUCGCCGAGUCGCUGUUCCUGGUGGGCAUCAACCGGGGGGACCAGCCGAUUGCCUGCGCCGUCUUCGCCGCCCUGCUGCACUUCUUCUUCCUGGCGGCGUUCACCUGGAUGUUCCUGGAGGGCGUGCAGCUCUACAUCAUGCUGGUGGAGGUGUUCGAGAGCGAGCACUCGCGCCGCCGCUACUUCUACCUGGUGGGAUACGGGGUUCCCGCGCUCAUCGUGGCCGUCUCGGCCGCCGUGGACUACCGGAGCUACGGCACCGACCGAGUCUGCUGGCUUCGCUUGGACACCUACUUCAUUUGGAGUUUCAUAGGACCGGCAACCUUGAUAAUUAUGCUCAACGUGAUCUUCCUGGGCAUCGCUCUCUACAAGAUGUUCCAUCACACGGCCAUCUUGAAACCAGACUCCGGUUGCCUGGACAACAUCAAAUCGUGGGUGAUCGGCGCCAUUGCCCUGCUGUGUCUGCUGGGCCUCACCUGGGCCUUUGGACUCAUGUACGUGAACGAGAGCACGGUGGUCAUGGCCUACCUCUUCACCAUCUUCAACUCCCUGCAGGGGAUGUUCAUCUUCAUCUUCCACUGUGUGCUGCAGAAGAAGGUGCGUAAGGAGUACGGGAAAUGCCUUCGCACUCACUGCUGCAGUGGCAAAAGCGUGGACAGCUCCAUCGGCUCCGGGAAGGGAACCGCCUCCCGGGCUCCGGGACGCUACUCGACCGGGUCGCAGAGCCGCAUCCGCCGAAUGUGGAACGACACGGUCAGGAAGCAGUCCGAGUCCUCGUUCAUGACCGGCGACAUCAACAGCUCCGCGUCGCUCAACAGAGAGGGAAUCCUGAACAAUGCCCGGGAUACAAGUGUCAUGGAUACUCUACCACUGAAUGGUAACCAUGGCAACAGCUACAGCAUCGCCAGCGCCGAGUACAUGAGUGACUGCGUGCAGAUCAUCGAUCGGGGCUACAACCACAAGGAGACCACCCUGGAAAAGAAGAUCCUGAAAGAGCUCACCUCCAACUAUAUCCCCUCCUACCUCAACAACUCCCACGAGCGCUCGACCGAGCAGAACCGGAACCUCAUGAACAAGCUCGUCAACAACGUGAGCAACGGCGGCAAAGACGGCGGCUACGGGAUGGGCCUGGGGGUGGGGAUGGGCAUGAACGUGGCGCUGAGCCUGGACGAGCACUCCACCUUCGGCCCGCACCACGACGAGGGCCUGGGCCUCGAGCUGAUCCGCGAGGAGUCGAACGCCCCGCUGCUGCCGCAGCGUCCGCCGCCGUCCCUGCAGGCGGUGGACAACCUCCACAAUCACCUCCACCAGUCGGCGCCGCCUCCCCUCCCGCUGCCCCACCACCCCUUCUCGUCCGCCACCACCUCCUCGUCGUCCCGGCGGAGGAUCCCGCAGGAGAACAGCGACAGCUUCUUCCCGCUACUCACCAACGAGCACACCGAGGACGAGAACUCGUCGCCCGGCCACAACCACCAGAGAGACUCCCUGUACACCAGCAUGCCCAUGCUGCCCGGCCUGCCCGACCCGUCCGCCGAGUCCGCCGACGGCUCCAAGGAGGGCGGCGACGCCAAGAGCCCCGAGGCCAGCUCGGACGACGUUUACUACAAGAGCAUGCCCAACCUGGGCUCUCGCAACCACCUGCACCAGCUGCACUCCUACUACCAGCUCGGGCGGGGCAGCAGCGACGGCUUCAUCGUGCCCCCCAACAGAGAGGAUCUGUCCCCAGAGGAAACCCCCCAGGAGCCCCUGCACCUGGUCACCAGCCUAUAGGCCCAAACACCACCCCAGCCGGUACCCCUUCUACUCUCCCCCCGUGUCCCCGUCGUUCCAUCCGUCGUUGGCAGUGGUAGCCUUUCUUUUUAUUCUGUGUCCCGAAGACUGAGGCAGAGGAAAUAACUGGACCCUCGCUGUUAUUGACCGCCAACAGGAUAAUAAUCGAACAUGGGGGGGCUGAUAUGUGACUGUUAGACAUUACAGGAUGUUGAUGUUGUGUCCCUCCGCCUUCCUCCCCCCCCCUCCGCCCCUCCAGCCUCCAAACCCGACGUGGUUUGGCGUGUUUUUGUCAAAACAGACGAUUACUCACCACCGGAUUUCUAGGUCUCAGAGGUACACUGUAGGUCUGACAGUCAAACAGGAACUGCAUCGCCCCGAAGUCGAAAAACUGUCGCCAGAAUAAACAGGAAAUGGAAAAAAAAUGGAAAAAAAAGGAAAAAAAAAAAGGACUAUUUUAUUAUACUUCUGUAUCUAUAUUGACUUUUUGAAAGAUUUUCUUCCUCUUUGGUGAGUUGCAGCACAUUUUGUUUGCUGAAGUGUCCCUUCGAUGAAAGAAAAAGACAAAAAAAAAAUAAACAAAAAAAACUAAAUCGACAACAACAACAACACAGACACACACACAUUUUGAACGAUUACCGUAAAGGAAUUAUUGAUCGUAUGCUUUCAAGCAUAGCUGUUCUUUUUUUUCCUUUCAUUUUACUGUAAUAACAGUCGUUAAAAAGAGGGAGAAGAAAAAACUAAUAAGAGAAUUACGAGAUAUUUCUAUGUAACUGUACAGAUAACUAGCAUUGCACAUAAUAGUAUGCUUUUUUUCGUUCCGAGCAAAAAAACCCUUUUGUCUCUGUAAAUGUAGUGAUUAGGAGCAAUUUUGUUCUGUUGUGCUGGCCUUUCUGGGUUUCUGGUUCCAGUCUGGGGUUUUAUUUUUCUUUUCUUUUUUCUUUUUUUUUUUUUUUUAAAUCACUUUCCAAGAAAUGACCAUCGAAAUAGGAACAAAAUAAACACAAGAAAACAUCACAAGAACUCACUCACCGCGUAUUUGUGGAAUAGAUUUUUGUUUUGGGGUCUUUUUUCUGUUUGAUUUCUUUUUAUUUUAUUUUUAUUUUUUUUUACUGUGUAGAUAGGAGGAGCUCUGAUUCGUCAAGGACAGAAAAUCAGUCCGAGUUAAUGGCGAGGUGUCCCUCAGAAAGGUUUGCGCUGCGUUCUGCAUUCAGGAAACGCUUCUGAGAAAGAGAACAAAUUGAACCUUGAUGAGCACCAGGCACUUGUAUAGAGGAGGAGAGAUGGGCUGUUUUACUUAUUAAAGAGAGAGAAACUGGAAG